UUUCUAAUGGUGAUGAACAAUUGGAAAAAGCCAUGGAAGAGAUUUUGAGAGAUUCUGAGAAAGGGCAAAGCAGUCUUCUUGUUGACUGUCAUAGUUCCAGUGAGAUUUCAGAACAUUCAUUUGGAGAUGUUAUAGCCAGCCAAACAAAUAAGCCAUCUCUUCAGUUAAUUCUGGAUCCAUCUAAUACAGAAAUUUCUACACCGAGACCAUCUUCUCCAAGUGGACUACCUGAGGAAGAUAGUGUUUUAUUUAACAAACUGACCUACUUAGGAUGUAUGAAGGUUUCUUCCCCACGUAAUGAAGUGGAGGCCUUACGGGCAAUGGCAACCAUGAAAUCUUCCAGUCAGUGUCCCUUUCCUGUUACUCUGUAUGUGCCAAAUGUUCCAGAAGGUUCUGUGAGGUGA